CUAGGGGUUUGAAAAGGGUUUUACUUUUCUUCCCUUGGACUCUCUCAUACAUACCCGAAGUCACGGUGCGCUCUACAGCCGCAGUGGGAAGAAGAAAGAGAAGUUGAAGGUGAACUCACCGUGUCUUGUGAAUCGAGACCCACACAAACAAUGGCGACUCUUAUCCCUCCCACUGCUACGACGCCAGCGCCUCCGAAGCCUACGGUGGUUCAGCCGGAGAAAGUCGAUUACAUGAAUCUUCCUUGCCCUAUCCCUUACGAAGAAAUCCACCGUGAAGCUCUCAUGUCCUUGAAGCCAGAACUUUUUGAGGGAAUGCGCUUUGAUUUUACCAAAGGACUCAAUCAGAAAUUCUCACUGAGUCACAGUGUCUUUAUGGGACCUACUGAAAUUCCUUCUCAGUCCACUGAAACCAUUAAGAUUCCCACUGCUCACUAUGAGUUUGGUGCUAACUUUAUUGACCCAAAGUUGAUGCUUUUUGGGAGGGUAUUGACAGAUGGGAGGCUAAAUGCUAGAAUGAAGUGUGAUUUGUCUGAGAAUCUCACUAUGAAGGCCAAUGCUCAACUUACAAAUGAGCCGCACAUGUCGCAUGGCAUGUUCAAUUUUGAUUACAAGGGAAAAGACUAUAGGACCCAAUUUCAGUUGGGCAACGGGGCCUUAUUUGGAGCCAGUUACAUCCAGAGUGUGACAAAACAUAUGUCUUUGGGUGGUGAAGUAUUCUGGGCUGGUCAGCAUCGAAAGUCUGGUAUUGGUUAUGCUGCUCGUUACAACACAGAUAAGAUGGUUGCCACUGGGCAAGUUGCUAGCACUGGAAUGGUUGCUCUGAGCUACGUUCAGAAAAUAUCUGAGAAGGUUUCUUUGGCAUCGGACUUCAUGUACAACUACAUGUCAAGAGAUGUUACUGCAAGCUUCGGUUAUGAUUACAUCCUUCGACAGUGUCGUCUUAGAGGGAAGAUUGAUUCUAAUGGCUGCACUUCUGCUUUUCUGGAAGAGCGAUUAAAUAUGGGUCUUAAUUUCAUUCUUUCUGCAGAGAUAGAUCACUUGAAGAAAGACUACAAGUUCGGGUUUGGGCUGACAGUAGGAGAAUAGGAUAGAUGGCUCUGGUGCUGUUCUCAGUUUUAUUAAACUCAUUGUGGCAAGCAACUCAGCAUGCCUUCUGGGUUGAAUCUUAUCAGUUUGAUGCAGAUCGAAGAAUCAGUUUUGUACUUUCUCGAGUGACAUUGUUUGUGGGCAGCAUCAGAUGCUGUGACCGUUUUAGUGUCUAGUAAUUUGAUUUUGCAGUUUGAAACUAUUGCUUAGUUUUCCUCAGAGCUGUAGAAUUCGUUACAAAAGAAAUUGAGAUAUGUGUCUAUUUUUAUUCAUGGUGCAA